AUGGGUAUUAAAGCCAAUGAUGACGGAAAGAUGGAGUAUUCCACCAGCGUUGUGCGCCUCGCUUUUCUGCCCGAUCACCGCGACAAAAUAGGCGUCUCCGAACAAUGGUACCAAGUCAUGGACACGAUCAGACACCAGCCUAAUUUCGGUUUUAUUUGCAAAGGGGAAUCAGUUGAUGAUGAACUUGAUAUCGUCUUGUUUAUUGCCUGGGAAAAUGCUGCUAAACCACCAGCCUCUUUUCUCUCGGGAAACCUCGAUUGCAUUUUCUCUCCCCUUGACGCUUUUGUCGUCAGGAAGCCUCAGCUUAUGUGUAACCUCUAUCGGAUGAUGCGGGGGCCCCGUCACCCUGAGUCAUGGAACACAAGUACAAUGAGUUUGGACUUCAUAUCGGAGUUCAUCAUUAUCCGUGGACCGGCUCAUGCAACCGAGAAGGCCGUGAAGGAAAUCGAUAUGAAUCUCGACGUUUAUCAUGACAAUCGGAUCUUUGUGGCAGACUAUUACUCCGACUGGCUGUUAAUGCGUGCGUUUUUCGCCCACGUGGGUGAAGAUUCUGAGAAACGUCCCGAUGCAGCCAGUUUCCUACUUAAUGUAGCCUGGAAGGGCCUGGAGGAGCGCCGUGAAUACAAAGAUCCUACCAUACCCGAUCGCUCGCUCCUUCCUGAGGCACGACAACUUUUCCCAAGCGAUUUCUGGCAAAAGUCUGUUGUUGAACGACUGGAGAGUUUGGGUGCCACCACUUCAUCAUGGACUUACCACAAGGCAGAGGCUGUCCGCAAUAAGGAGGGAAGGCUGGUAGUUGGAGGAUAA